AUCGUUAUCGAUAUCACAAAAGCAUGCGAUGGCAGCCGCACAACAAACUGAAUUCCAAAAGAAUUUUCGAGUGAUUGUAGAGAAGAUCUUCAAUCACUGGCAGGAUCUCCGGCUGGCGGUGGAGCAUGGCAUGGGCGGACGCAAUGGCCAACAGGUGGCCAUAGAAAUCAUGGACUACACCUACCAGUACUGCGUUUCCAAUGAAAAUAUCACGCAGGGCGAACUGGUGGAGGUCCUGGAGGAGCUGAUGGACCAGGAGUUUAACACACUCUGCGACGACGACUCCAUUCCGGAGAUCUGCCGGAAUCUGCUGCGCUACAAGUUGAUGGCCCAGCAGAACCAGUAUCCGCAAAUAGAGGCUGAAUUGAGUAAACUUCCUGCUGGCAAGGAGUGGCUGCGUCCGGAUGUUAAGAUCACUUACACGCCCAUCGAUGGGGACUCCUCAUCCGAUGAGGACAUGGACGACAGCGACGAGGACGAUGAUGAAAUGGGCCAGGGCGACGAGGAAACUCCCAGCGGCAGUGGUCGGAUGACGCGAUCGCAGGCACGAAAGCAGCAGGCUGAUGCGUUUGUGGAACCGGAAGACGGCUGGACCACCGUGCGAAGAAAGUGAAUUUUGUGGGGUUGAUUAAAAAGAAACCUGCUAGUUUUUUAGUUAUAA